UCGGUUUUUGCAGAAUUUUGUUUCCAUAUAAAUUCAACACCCACCUCCCCCCAUUAUUCUAUAUAAGAACACAUUCAUUACUUAGAUUAAGGUGUUUGAGAUCGGAGAAUUGAAGCCCAGAAACUCGUAAAGUAGUUUCUUGAUUAAGAUGGGACGAGCAAAACUAACCCUGGAACUUAGAAAUAACCACAAGGCACGCCGUGUAACUUUUGAAAAGAGAAGGAAAGGUUUGGAGAAGAAGGCUCAUGAAUUGUCGACUCUAUGUGGAGUCAAAAUAGGCAUGAUUAUCUACAGGCCAGCCGAAGGUGACGAACCAGUCGAGCCUACAAUUUGGCCUGAAAAUCGUGAAGAGAUUGAAAAUUUGAUCAGCUCCUACAAGAAGAGAUCAGAUGAUGAUUGCAGACAAAAAACCUAUGAUUUGUCAUUUUUCUUCACGAAUAAAGUGAAGAAAGUCCAAGAAGAGCUUGUGAAAACGCGUAACAAGAACAUUGAAACUAAGUACCCAACUUGGGAUGCAUCGUAUGAUAACUUGACAUACGACGAACUGAAACACUUUAGUAGUCUUCUGCAGGCUAAGAUUGAGAAUGUCAAGUCUCGAAUUAAUUUGAUGAAUCAGAAUCAAAUGAAUGCUCAAUCAGUUCAAGAAAAUAUAUACGUCUACCAAUGUAAGUUGGAUUAUCAGCAGCAGCAAUCUUUGAUGCCACACGGCUCAUUCAAUAUGGAUGAUCCGAGGCUGAUGAUGAUGCCAAUGAAUGAUGGUGCAUCGAGUAGUAGCAGCAACUAUAUAUAUAAUGCUGAAGAUACUUACGGAAAUUAUACGUAUAGCAAUGGUGGUGAAAUCCGGGGCAAUUAUAUUGGCAGUGAAAUCCCAGUUUCCCAUGGUUUAGGGUUCGGGAUACUCGACAAUGUUCCUUUUCCCAAUGCUGAAAUGUGCUGUUAUUUGCCAAACUUGUAUCCAAUGCCUCAGUACAAGCAGUUUCCUGUGUUUUCAAGUCCUACCCUUCAACUGCAAGUGGCUAACACUGAAGAUUAUCGUCAAAGGCAUGAUUUUCAGCUCCUCAAUCCAAUGUAGAAGAAACUUUUGAUGUGAAAUUUAUUUCAGGAUUUGCUGGUUACUUUAGACUCAUUAACUGGACAGUCCAGUAUAGUACCGAUUUCGAUCUAUGUAUCAACUUAA